CGUCUAUCCGUAAUACCAUGUGGCGGUGAGUGGUCUAUCGGCUUUGCCACCAACAACUAUGGCAGAUACUGCGUUUCGCAAAAUCGACAUUGACAUCUACGAUGAAGAUGUCCUACUAGAAACAGAGCUCUAUGAUCCAGAUCCCAGGGAUCCAUCACAGGUCCUCAGCGAUGCUAAGCAGAAACAAGGAGCCGUAAGGAGUUCAUUGGCAAAGAGUGACAUUCCAGGAGCUUUAGACAUUGCUCUAGACAGCGCGCCGUAUGGCCCAAACGUCGACGAAGCCAAGAACUUGACACUCCAAACCGUAGUGACGAUUCUGAACAGCACGAAAUCGUCCGACAUAUCGAACGUCAUAAAGGCACUGUCGCAGGAUGCGCAGGACACGCUCAUGAAGUAUAUAUAUAAAGGUAUGGGCAUGCCAGGUUGGGGAGAUGUGAGCGGGAGCGUGCUGCUAGGCUGGCAUGAAAAGUUGACCGAGAUAGCUGGGACCGGAUGUAUUGUACGAGCAAUGACAGACCGAAGGUCUGUGUGAAGACUGGCCCACAUUUCGAAGAUGAAAGCAACUAUUGUAUACACCGUUAUCACUACUUAACACCAUUCGGAAUAAGCAUUAUUCCUUCCAAAAAUCAUCCGAUGCAUAAAUCGAACUCUAAUUAUCAUGGGUUCUAGCUGACAGUCCUGGUAUGUCCGAUAUUUACAAUGAAAAACAAAAACUAGGAUCACUCGAACUAAAAGAGAAAAGAAAAAAUACAUUCUAUUGCCGCAUGUGAGACGGCCUCAUUUCUAGUUAGACAUCUCCUCUCGACUGCGUGCCUCAACAAGACUCAGCUCUAGCGCGAAUCUCAAAUCGUCGUCCAUGUCAUCGUCAAAUGCUGGGAUGUCCAUAUCCACCAAACUCCCACUGGGCGUAUCCUCAUUUGGACGACGAGCGGUGUCUGCGGGUAGAGGCGGUUCGGGAGCGGCUGGACGAAUGACGGGUGCUUUGCUCCACGGUGAAUUUGUACUUGAAGAUGAUCUCGGAAGAGAGGAUAUCGGCGAACCACUCAGGGGCAAACGGUGCGAUUCCGGGCUAUUCGAUCCUGAACGAUAAGUUGAUUUCCUUUUCGUAGGGGUACUUGCAGUCGACGACAUGCUUGAGCUUAUCGGGGGGAAAUGUUCGGAUGAUGAAGUGGUACGCAUGACCACAGGUGACGAAUUUGACGACGGUCCAGCUGAGCUAAUUGCACUGAUGUUAAAGCCGGCUUCCAUAGGUUCUGGCUGGAAAGGCGGGGAGGUUUGAACUUUCUCGUUUGAAAUUGGAAUCGCUAAACGAGUAAGAGGGCGACCACCGUGAUAGACAGAGCCAGCUGAAGAACGAGGAGAUAACGAUGAAGUUGAUGGAUCGGAAAGUGGCGACAGCGAUAGACCGUCAAAGUCAGCCUCAAACAUGCUUUCAUCAUCAACAAGUUCUUGAUGAGACCCUGCAUAACUUCUACGACGCUUCUCUUCCUCGUCCCGGGAUAACAUGAGGAUGUAUUCAACUGCCUCGGCCUCGCUGAGGCCAAGAUUCUCGAGAGUCGAGUGCUGCUCAUAUGCACGCUUCACAUGGGCUUUUUCGUAUUCCAGCUCUUUGCGCGACUCUGCGAUAUCCUUCAAAAGUUCGAAUUGUU